AUGUUUUGUUUGGUUAACAACUUCGAUGACUGGACAGAAUGCAUUAUGUGGUUAACUAUUCAUUUUGUAGGUGGUCUUCUUACUGCUAGGACUUUGGCUGUGUUUAUAACUGUGACACUAUCAACAUCUGUGGCAGCUCAGCAGGGUCCUAUACUUGUGGCUGGUCAUCAAAUUUGCAUGCAAGCUUGGUUGUCUGUUUCUUUACUCACUGAUGCUCUGGCACUUGCUGGUCAGGCACUUCUUGCGAGUAGUUACUCCCUGGGAAAUUAUAAGCAAGCACGCCUUGUUAUAUACAGAGUGAUACAGAUUGGUUUAGGAACAGGAAUCAGUUUGUCUAUGAUCUUAUUCUUUGGGUUUGGAUCAUUUUCUAGUUUAUUCAGCACAGACUCGGAAGUUCUGGAUGUUGCUCGGUCAGGUUUAUUGUUCGUUGCUGGAUCUCAACCAGUGAAUGCUUUGGCAUUUGUUAUUGACGGGCUUUAUUAUGGGGUAUCAGACUUUGGAUAUGCUGCUUACUCAAUGUUGCUAGUUGGACUAGUUUCUUCAACUUUCCUUCUGGUGGCUGCUCCAGUAGGGCUUCCUGGAGUCUGGGCUGGAUUGUUUAUCUUCAUGGCCUUGCGUGUUCUAGCUGGAGUUUGGAGGUUGAGCAGCAAAAGUGGGCCUUGGGAUACAAUCUGGUAUAAAGAUGGAUCAGAAAAUUGA